CUUGGAUUGAAGAAAGCGCUUUGAUAUUAUCGUUGGGAUUGCUCGUGGAAUCUUAUAUAUUCACCAAGAUUCUAGGUUGAGAAUUAUCCAUAGAGAUCUAAAAGCUAGCAAUAUUCUAUUGGAUGGAGAAAUGAAUCCAAAAAUUUCAGAUUUUGGCCUAGCUAGAAUCUUCAAAGGCGACCAAACUCAUGAAAAAACAAACAAAAUAGUUGGAACAUUGCAAGUAUACCUACACACCCAGUAGCUGGACACAAAGAAGCACUGCUAAGAAUGCCUUUCUUUCUUACAUUAAGUAAUUUGAACGGAGCAUCAUAACUAUUUUUUUGUGUUUUUCAUAUGCAGUGGGUACAUGUCUCCAGAAUAUGUGAGUAUUUGGAAAGUUUUCAAUGAAAUCUGAUGUCUUUAGUUUUUGGAUCAUAUUAUUAGAGAUCAUUACAGGAAAAAAGAACAAUGGCUUUUGUCGAGAGGAUUUUUACCCAAGCAUGAUAGGAAAAAUAUGGCAUUUAUGGAGAGAAGACAGAACAUGGGAGAUAGUUGAUUCGUCACUAAAGGAUUCUUGUUCUCCUGAAGUAUUGAGAUACAUCCAAAUUGGGCUCUUAUGCGUGCAAGAAGAUGCAAUGGAAAGGCCGACCAUGUCAGCUAUUGUUCUAAUGUUAAAUAGUGAAAUUUGUCUUCCUUCUCCUAAGCAACCUGCAUUCACUCUCAGAAAGUCUAGUAUUAUUAGUUCUAGCUCAUUAGAACCAAAAGAAAGAUUUUGUUCUGUGGAUGAGGAAACAAUUACUGAGGUUGUAUGUCGCUGAAUAUAUCUCCCAUCAAUUACAUAAAAUUUUAAUAUAGAGAUCCAUAA